UGUAAUGCAGAUCAAAUGCCACUUACUUCCGGUAACCUGUCAAAGCGAUAAUCCGGUUUAAUUUCAAUUAAAACCCCAACUACAAUCUACAUUUUGGACGUUAAUGAUUUUAUGAACAAUGCGCUUGUAUAGAUUUUAAUAAACUAUGAGUGGGAAAGUUGUCAGAAGUAUAUUUGGGGGACAAAAGUACGAAUACACAAGAUUGGGUGAAGUCCAAAAUGUGAAAAAGUCGAAAGUUUAUGUUUUCGGUGAUGAUGAUGUCGCUGAAGAUGAUGUUGUUGAAUUUGAGAUGAACAGUGUUCGUACAAGAAAAGGAAAAGGUUCCCACCCUGUUCAGAAAGAAGACACACCUUCCUUUGUUGAGAGGAGACUGACGGAUGAUGACACAUUGCAGUCUGUAUCUUUGCAAUAUGGAUGCCCUAUUGCAGAAAUCAAAAGACUUAAUAAUUUAAUCAGGGACCAAGAUUUCUACGCUUUGACAUCUGUAAAAAUUCCUGUGAAGCAACAUUCCUUUCUUGUAGACCAAAUACAAGAAGAUGACAAAAAAGUUGGUGAAAAAGUGCUAAAAACACUAGAGAGAAGUCUUUCAAAUGGUGCUGCCUGUAUUGACAGUGGAGAUGAACAAAGUCUCCAUUAUGAUUCAGAAACUGAUCAUACAACGACAGACCUUAGUGAUCCAGAUACUCAGAAACAAGUUAUACGUGAAAUAAGCAUAAAUAAAGCAACGCGAAGUCAGAGUAAAGAAGCUGUUAAGUUUUUAAAAGACAUGGAUAAAGAUUUGUCCCACAUACUGAAAACUACACGGACAGACAGGAAUUCUUUAGAUGAAGUGAUCUCAGUAUUGACUCACAAGUCUGUGACUCCUUUAAUGAUGCCUCAACGAAAGAAGUCCAAGUAUUUAGAGUGUGUAAUUGAAUGGAGAACAACAGUGACAAUAUUGGUCUUGGUGGCUAUUAUAGCUCCCUUGGCUGUUGGUAUAUAUGUGCUGUAUACAAGAAAAUGACAUGUGGUAGUUGUUAUUUAGAAUACAUUAACACAUUAGGUUCUCAUUAACAGCAGGCUGUUUAAUUAAUAGAAUAAAUCAAGAUUUUCUCCCUAGGUUAUUUUGAAAACUCUGUACAAUAGCAAUAAGAAAUAUGUGUAAAUAUUUUAAUAUAAGUUUAAAUCACAGCUUUUUUUAGCUUGACUAUUCGAAGAAUAUACAGAGCUGUUGCACUCAUUCAUUCAUUAGCGUCUGCAUCCAGAUUUGGUUAAGUUUUGUAUGUAAGCUGGUAAAUUGGAAUAGAUUGAAAUUUCACACCUUUUUCGCUGUGAUGAUUUGACAUGCAGUGUGCAGGUUCAAUAACUCUACUUUGCAUUUUCACAAAAUUAUUCCCCCUUUUUAACUUAGCAAUACUUUUGGUGUAAUCUGUUAUCUCAUUAAGCAUCCUGAGUGGAGAAAGUUCUAUGACUCAAUGUUUUUGCCCCUUUAGUACUUGUUCAUAACUUUGUUUCCAUAGACAAGACUUUUAAAUAGUCAAGCAUUUCUGUCUUCCGACAGCUUUUGUUAAUAAGACACGGUGAAAAAAUCAGUUCUCAUUCUUUUUCCAAUCCUGUAUGAAGGACUGACCAGUGGCUUCGCUUAAUUUACCAUGACAGGGCAGUACCUAAAAAGAAAGCCUAAAAUGUUCAAAGUUGUAAUCUGUGAAGUCCUGGAUUUAUGGUUGAGCAAAACCGGUACAUUAAAUCCUAAUGAACAAUGAAUAUUAUUUUGAUAUUCAAAUUUGAAAUCAUAUCCCACAGACCACAGAAUAGCUGUUUUGACCAAAACCAUGAAAUUUCAUCUCCACAAAAUUUAAUAAUUUCAUAGUACAGUGUAACUUCCGAAAACCAGCCUUCUGAAAACCGGAAACCUUGGAAAACCGCACGAAACGCAAGGUCCAAAUUUUUCUGUUCUUAUUUCUAUAUAUUUUUAACCACUGAAAACCGGAACUUCCGAAUUCUGAAAACCGGACGAUUUUUGAAGCACCGUUUAUAUUUAAACACUAAAAUUGACUUCUGAAAACCGAACAGCAAAAUAUUUGCUGGAUUAAAAGUGUCACCUGAUAAUCCAGAAACGAUGUCAACAUGUCCUUUUGUUUAUUUAUUAGCGGUGCGCGUUUAUUUUGACACGCUGUAUAAUCACAAUGAUCAUUUGAUGCAAAAGUUUGGAAGUAAUUAGCGAUUAUUUUCAUUUGUAUUCAAUUUAUGAAAACCUGAUGAAUUAAAUAUCUUAUGUGUUAAAAACUUUCUUAAUGUUUGAACGAAAGAAUUAAUCUGAUGUUUUAAAUGAUUAGUUACAUCGAUUAAACUAGCAUUAUCAACAUUAAUUAAAAUUUAAUGUUGACGAACUCGGGACUCCAAAGAUGGUAAAAUGUAAGUGGAAAAUGUUUGCUUAAAUGCUAUUAUUAAAGUUUGUUGUUUCUUUUCAUAUUUGUUAUUUAUGUAUAUAUUAUCCUUAAUGUUUGUAAAUAAUUAAUUAAUUAUCUAAUUAAUUAAUUAAUUUUUAUGAAAUUGUAAAAUUAAUAAGGAUAAAAAUUUCCUUCAUCCUAUGUGUAAGAAAACAUAACUCUUGUGCACCACGUCCACUUUGCCUACAAACUUUCAAACUUCUGAAUUCCGGAAACUUCCAAAAACCAAACUUUUAGGCUGGUCCGGAGGUCGUUCGGUUUUCGGAAGUUACACUGUAUAACAUUUGUAAGAUAGAAAGAGACUUGGAAUUACCUGGCAAGUGAAUUGGUCCAGGAAUAUCAUGAAUAUCAUAAAGUUUAUUUUUAAACAGGUUUAUUUUGUUGAUCUGAAUGUUGUAAGUCUGUGAUAAUUUCAGUUGCACAUUGUUGAGUUGUCUUGAAUAUACUACAUUGGAGGUUGAUUUUGUAUUUUUGAAGUGAUAACAAGAUAUUUUUUUGCAAAAUUACAUUGAUGCAACUGUUAAUGUGUUAUAUUUACAAUGGAAUCAGGCAAUAGGCAUGCAAAUGUUAUUUUAUGUACAUGUAUAAUACAUGUUUAUUUCAUUCUGUUGAUUGUGAAAUGAUCUGUGAUGCUAUUAUCAGAGAUAAAUUAUAAUGAACACAUUAUGAAGUGAUCAGUACUAACAAAAUAACUUUCUAGAUUUGCUAACAUAAAUUUACUAAACCGACUUUUCUUUUAGGUGUACAGCUUGUAAUAUUUAUAUUAGAGUAUUAGCAGCUAAUUAAGUUCCAAUGGACUUAAGUCAUUUUAGAGAGAAAGCAAAGUUUGCACUUUAGCUCAGCAGAGCACAGUGUGCACAAGGUGAGCUAUUGUGCUCACUCAUCAUUUGUUGUUUGCCAGUCUGUGUCAGCAUUUUCUUCAAACAAUAUCUCCUCUGAAACCAUUUGAUGGAAGUUGAUGAAACAUGACAUGGACAUUAUUGGCUGUACUCUUCAAAAUAAUGCAAAGAAAUUCAUUCCAUGGAUAGCUCUAGUCUGUUAAAAUCUUCUUAUCAAAAAGUGCUAGCCCAGUUUUUCAAAUGAUUUUACACAAAUGUCCCAUGAGUGACACUCUACCAAAGUAAUUCCGAUUUGUCAAGGACAUGGACUCUAAAACGAUAGUUAAAGUACAUAACGGGACCAUUAAGAAUCUUCUUUACAGAAACUGCCUACCCGAUUUUGAAAUAGUUUCACACAAAGAUUUCUUUAGUGCCCCAUUAAAAUGAUUAAUUGAAUUCUUUCUAUUUAUGUAAAUAGAUGGCUGCAAGAGAUGAAAAUAGAAAAAAUUGCAAAGAACAUUCUUGUAAACCAUUGGAUAAACUUUGAAUUAUUUCACAUGAAUAUUCCUUCUGUGACACUCCACCAAGAACGAUGAAAUUAUUCUAGAUAAUCAGGAAACAUGUCCAUCAGAAGAUGUGUCAAUUUUUCAUUUAUGUUUAUAUAAACUUUUUGUCUGAUUUUAGGAUAAUUUCAUAAAAUAGUUCUUGUAUGACUCUCAUUGCUUUUCCUACCUACACAUUAUUUUACUGGUAUGUAGAUUUUUAAGCCAGCCUGUGAUAAAAAUUGUCAACAAAAGUUUCAUUUCACAGUAGAUUCUAGCUAUAGCCCAAUAAUAGGUCACCAGUCAGUCAUAUUGGUCCCUGGAUUGCAGACCAGUACAGCAGACUUACAUUUUUAUGGGCUUUACGGAAACACACAUUUUGUAAUUGCUAGAAACACGCCAGUUUAUAAAAGUGUACCUUAAGAUUUAAAAAUAUGUGAGACAGUACAUGCCCUUUAUCAUUGUUAGCCCCCCAUCAUCAGAUGGUGGGCUAUUCAAAUCACUCUGCGUCCGUGGUCCGUCAUUCCAUCCGUCCGUCCGUCCGUUAACAAUUUCUCGUUAUCGCAUCUUCUCAGAAACUACUGGGGGGAUUUUGACCAAACUUAGUCAGAAUGAUGUAUUGGUACCCUAGUUGUGUCCCCCUGAAAAUCAGACUGCUUCAACAAUUUUUGAGUGAGUUAUGGCCCUUUGUUUAUUUUUAUAAUUUACAUAGAUUUAUAUAGGGAAAAAUUUUGAAAAUCUUCUUGUCCAAAACCACAGGGCCUUGGGCUUUGAUAUUUGGUAUGAAGCAUCAUCUAGUGGUCCUCUAUCAAGAUGAUUCAAAUUAUAUCCCUGGGGUCAAAUAUGGCCCCGCGCCGGGGUCACAUGGUUUAUAUAGACUUAUAUAGGGAAAAACUUUGAAAAACCUCUUGUCCAAAACCACAGGGCCUAGGGCUUUGAUAUUUUGAAUGUGACAUCAUCUAGUGGUCUUCUACUAAGAUUGUUCAAAUUAUUCCCCUAGGGUCAAAUAUGGCCCCGCCCUUGGGGUCACAUGGUUUAUAUAGACUUAUAUAGGGAAAAACUUUGAAAAACCUCUUGUCAAAAACCACAGGACCUAGGGCUUUGAUAUUUUGUAUGUUACUUCAUCUGGUAGUCUUCUACUAAGGUUGUUCAAAUUAUCCCCCUAGGGUUAAAUAUGGCCCCACCCUGGGGGUCACAUGGUUUACAUAGACUUAAAUAGGGAAAACUUUGAAAAUCUUCUUGUCCAAACCACAAAGCAUAGGGCUUUGAUAUUUGUUAUGUAGCAUCAUCUCGUGGUUCUCUACCUAGUUUGUUCAAAUUAUCCCCCUAGGGUCAAAUAUGGCCCCGCCCCGGGGGUCACAUGGUUCAUAUAGACUUAUAUAGGGAAAAGCUUUUAAAAUCUUCUUGUUAAUAACCUACAACAUUCAAAUUUGGACCACAUGUAUAGUUUUGAGUGGCAAGAUGAACAUUGACAUGAGUUGACCUUGAUUUUGACCUAGUGACCUUCUUUCACAUUUCGGUAGCUACAGCCUUCAAAUUUUGGCCACAUGCAUAGUAUUGUGCACCGGAAAAAACUUUGACCUUGACAUUGACCUAGUGACCUACUUUCACAUUUUUUAGGGUACAGGCUUCAAAUUUGGACCACAUGCAUAGUUUUGUGUUCCGAAAUGAAAUUUGACCUUGAUUUUGACCUAGUGACCUACUUUCACAUUUCUCAAGCUACAGCCUUCAAAUUUGGACCACAUGCAUAGUUUUGUGUACCAAAAAAACUUUGACUUUGACAUUGACCUAGUGACCUACUUUCACAUUUCUCAAGCUACAGCCUUCAAGUUUGGACCACGUGCAUAGUUUUGUGUUCCGAAAUGAUAUUUGACCUUAACCUGGUGACCUACUUUCACAUUUCUCAAGCUACAGCCUUCAAAUUUGGACUUCAUGCAUAGUUUUGUGUUCUGAAUUGAACUUUGACAUUGAUUUUUAUCUAGUACCUACUUUCACAUUUCUCAAGCUACAGCCCCCAAAUUUGAAGCACAUGCAUAGUGUUGUAUACCGAAAUGAACUUUGACCUUGAAAUUGAUCUUGUGACCUACUUUCACAUUUCUCAAGCUACAGCUUUCAAAUUUGGACCACAUGCAUGGACCACAUGCACAGUGAUGUGUACUCAAAUGAAAUUUGACCUUGAUUUUGACCUUGAGCUAGUCUGGAAAUUUGGAACAAUCAAAAAUGGCUCAAUGGUGGGCGCCAAGAUCACUCUGUGAUCUCUUGUUUUUGAAAUGUUCUUAUUUAUGUAACUAUAUUUAUUGGUUCAAAGGUAGCUUGACAGAUUUAGAAAUUUUUAGCUCAUAAUGCUUGACAGUUAGCUUUCAGUUGAUGCUGUUUUCACUUAUUUUGUAAAUAUUCAUUGUGGAAUACUGACACAUAUUGUGAUUAGAGUUAUUUGUGUGUCUCCGUAGGGGAAGCCUAAUUCAAUUAAGACAAGAUCUUAGUGAAAUAAAUAAGAAUGAAGAGUAUAUAAUUAUACUGCAGGGGUUCAUCAUUAUGCCCCUUUUUCAAGAAGAAGGGGUAUGUCAUUGUCUCACUAAAAUUUGCUUACAUCUGCCGGUCUAACUGUCAAUCAAUCAGUAGAUUAUUUGAUUUUCGAUCGAUAACUGGAGAAUUCUUUGACCCUUCAACGGUCAAACUUCAUAGGAUGAUUGCUCAUUGUCAGCAGAUGAUCCCUCUUGUUUGGGCUUUAAAGGACAAGGUGACAGUGACCUUGAGAUUAAAAUUGUUUUCUUAUUAAUAAAUGGAAAAUGCUUGAGCCUACACCAUUAAAACUUUCAUAGCAUGCAUUAUUUGUUAUGGUCAGUAGAUGUCCCUUAUUGUUAUUGGUGUCAUUAGGUCUAAGGUCAAAUUCCAUUUUACAUUGAAAAUGACACCUCUGACACUUAAUUACCUCCAAAAGGCCAUGAAGGGGAGGGAGCAUACUGUGUUUUACAAACACCUUUGUGUUUAUGAAAUUAGAAUAUUUUAGUAGGAUCGAUUGGUUGUGGUUGUCCAGUAGCAUUAAUUUCAUCUAACUAGUCUGGUCUGACAGUCAUUAAGAACCACUUUACUUCAUACAUCAGGGUUUAAGUCAGGAUUUAUAUUGGAUGAAAUUAUUCAUUUUUAGCCCACCAUCAUCAGAUGGUGGGCUAUUCAAAUCACUCUGCGUCCGUGGUCCGUCGUCCUUCCGGCCGUCCGUCAGUCCGUCCGUCCUUCCGUCCGUUAACAAUUUCUCGUUAUCGCAUCUCCUCAGAAACUACCUGGGGGAUUUUGACCAAACUUUGUCAGAAUGAUGUAUUGGUACCCUAGUUGUGUCCCCCUGAAAAUCAGACUGGUUCAACAAUUUUUUAGUAAGUUAUGGCCCUUUGUUUAUUUCUAUAAUUUACAUAGAUUUAUAUAGGGAAAAACUUUGAAAAUCAUCUUGUCCAAAACCACAGGGCCUAGGGCUUUGAUAUUUGGUAUGAAGCAUCAUCUAGUGGUCCUCUACCAAGAUGAUUCAAAAUAUUUCCUUGGGGUCUAAUAUGGCCCCGCCCCGGGGGUCACAUGGUUUAUACAGACUUAUAUAGGGAUAAACUUUGAAAAACCUCUUGUUCAAAACCACAGGGCCUAGGGCUUUGAUAUUUUGUAUAUGACAUCAUCUAGUGGUCUUCUACUAAGAUUGUUCAAAUUAUCCCCCUAGGGUCAAAUAUGGCUCCGCCCUGGGGGUCACAUGGUUGACAUAGACUUACAUAGGAAAAAACGUUGAAAAUUUUCUUGUCCAAACCACAAAGCCUAGGGCUUUGGCAUUUGUAAUGUAGCAUCAUCUAGUGGUUCUCUACCAAGUUUGUUCAAAUUAUCCCCCUAGAGUCAAAUAUGGCCCCGCCCUGGGGGGUCACAUGGUUCAUAUAGACUUAUAUAGGGAAAAGAUUUUAAAAUCUUCUUGUCAAUAACCUACAAGAUUCAAAUUUGGACCACAUGUAUGGUUGUGAGUGGCAAGAUGAACCUUGACAUGAGUUGACCUUGAUUUUGACCUAGUGACCUACUUUCACAUUUCUGUAGCUACAGCCUUCAAAUUUGGACCACUUGCAUAGUUUUGUGCACUGAAAAAAACUUUGACCUUGACUUUGACCUAGUGACCUACUUUCACAUUUUUGAAGGUACAGGCUUCAAAUUUGGACCACAUGCAUAGUUUUGUGUUCGGAAUUGGAAUUUGACCUUGAUUUUGACCUAGUGACCUACUUUCACAUUUCUCAAGCUACAGCCUUCAAAUUUGGACCACAUGCAUAGUUUUGUGUACCGAAACAAACGUUGACCUUUACAUUGACCUAGUGACCUACUUUCACAUUUUUGAAGGUACAGGCUUCAAAUUUGGAACACAUGCAUAGUUCUGUGUUCCGAAAUAAAAUUUGACCUUGAUUUUGACCUAGUGACCUACUUUCACAUUUCUCGAGCUACAGCCUUCAAAUUUGGACCACAUGCAUAGUUUUGUGUACCGAAAUGAACUUUGACCUUAAGAUUGACCUAGUGACCUACUUUCACAUUUCUGUAGCUACAGGCUUCAAAUUUAGACCACAUGCAUAGGAUUGUGUACCGAAACAAACUUUGACCUUGACAUUGACCUAGUGACCUACUUUCACAUUUUUGAAGGUACAGGCUUUAAAUUUGGACCACAUGCAUAAAUUUGUGUUCUGAAGUGUAAUUUGACCUUGAUUUUGACCUAGUGACCUACUUUCACAUUCUUUGAAAUUGAUCUAGUGACCUACUUUCACAUUUCUCAAGCUACAGCUUUCGAAUUUGGACCACAUGCAAAGUGUUGUGUACGGAAAUGAAAUUUGACCUUGAGCUAGUCAGUAAGUCUUGAAAUUUGGAACACUCAAAAAUGGCACAUUGGUGGGCGCCAAGAUCACUCUGUGAUCUCUUGUUGAGGUAUGGGACUAACUUUAUUUGAGUUCAAGGGGUCUAUCUACUUUCAAAAUGUAAUCCAAAGGAAUUGUUUAAAUUCCUAUCUAUGUUAUCGAAAUACAUAGAAUUUUGUACACAGUCUUGUAACUGAAACCACAAAAUUUUAACCCAGCAAAAUUAUAUUGUAACAGGAAAUACUGGUAAAUGUUGCAUUUUUACAUUGGAUAUGUUUUCAAAGAUUCAAAGAUGCACUUUUGUCGGCUCGUAUCAGCAGUUUUAGUAUAAUGUCAACUUACAUGUGAAAUCAUUUCUUUUCUUAGGUUUAUUGAAAAAUGAAAAAAAAGCCAAACUGUUCAUUUAGUAGUGUAUGUAUCGUCUGAAAGUCUGUAUUUCAUCUGUAAACUGUGGGAUUAAAACAUGAAUUUAUUCUCAAUGAAUGAUACACAUGAGAAUUGUUGAGAUGUUAAAGUGUGCUAUAUCAGUGCAUAAUGUCAUGUGACAUUCUUAAAUAAAGUCUAUAUUGCCA